GCUGGGGAAAGACAGGGCCAGUUUGCCAAGCAGAACAAGAGAGCGUUUCAGGUAGAAGUUACAGGUUACAGAUUAACAUUAAAGAUGCCUGGUACAGCGAGGCACGACCGAGAUAUGGCAAUUCAGGCCAAAAAAAACCUACCCAAAACCACAGACCCAAUUGAGAAGCUUCGUCUGCAAUGUCUAGCAAGGGGAUCUGCAGGCAUUAAAGGACUUGGCAGAGUAUUUCGGAUUAUGGAUGAUGACAGAAACAGAACCCUUGAUUUUAAAGAAUUCUUAAAAGGGUUAAAUGAUUAUGCUGUGAUGAUGGACAAGGAAGAGGCUCAAGAGCUUUUCAGCAUCUUUGAUAAAGAUGGCAGUGGAACAAUAGACUUUGAUGAAUUUCUUGAAACAUUAAGACCUCCCAUGUCCAAUGCCAGAAAAGAGGUCAUCAUGCAAGCCUUUAGGAAGUUUGACAAAACUGGUGAUGGUGUUGUAACCAUUGAAGACUUACAGGGGGUGUAUAAUGCAAAGCAUCAUCCCAAAUAUCAGAAUGGAGAAUGGACAGAAGAUCAAGUUUUCAGAGCCUUUCUAGAUAACUUUGAUUCACCAUAUGAGAAAGAUGGGAAGGUCACAACAGAAGAAUUCCUGAACUACUAUGCAGGAGUCAGCGCUUCAAUAGACACUGAUGUCUAUUUCAUUAUCAUGAUGAGAAAUGCUUGGAAAUUCUAACUGCAUGAUUAAGGAAACAAGACUUUAUUUCCAGCCUCUUAGCUCCACAUGAUUAAAUAUGUUCACAUUUCCCAUUAUAGUAAUUUGUAGUCACUGUGCUGAUUUCCGUAUAUCAGAAGAGACAAUACCCACACAUCCCACAUUGUUCUGGCAGGAGCAUGCUGAGCUGAUGGCCUGUGAUAUCAAAGGGGAGAAUUGGCAUCCCUGCCAAUAAUCACUCCCCACCCUUUUCCUCCUGCUUCCCUUGUCUACGUUGUUUAUUCUCUCAGAUGGGUAACUAGUUUCUCUUCAGACAUGUGUGGUAGGCACCUUUCCUUCCCAAACAUGUCCUCAAAUCCAUGGCACAAGCUGCAGCUGUGUUUUAAGGAAGGUACCAUAGCACCAGAGCAGAGGAUUCUGGGAUGUAUAUACUCAGAAUUUUUAUGUGUAGGCAUUUUAGUAGCAUGUAUAUAUCCCAAAGCUUGCUAGAUUUUUCUUCCUUCUUUUCCUUCUAUUCCUUUGUCUCUUGACUUUAUUCACAUUGUCUGGGACCAUGUAUGUGCUCUUUCUCUCAUCAGAUAUACUAGUGGGCACAGAUACUUUACAAUGUUCUCUUUUCACUGUGACAUUCGAACACCUCCCUCUGCUCUACCUAAGGUCUAUUCUGGACCAAAAGUGAAAAACUCUGUUUAUUACUACCCUGUUUCUCCAGGGAUUUUUUUUUUAUGAACUAAAGAACUUUAUAAUUAUUUUUUUCUUAGCUUUGAUGCUGCAAAAGACUCUCCAGUCAUGUCAAUGUCCAUGAGAGCUGAUGUUUGGUCACUUACCUGUGAAAAGAGGGUUGGUGAAAGCAGGGACCUAUUUGUAGAGCCUGCAAAUCUGCGGAUAUCCACUUUAUAUCCGCAGGUAUCUGCAUUCGUGGAUUUAGAUGCGGAUAUCUACAGCUCAUUUUUGUGGAUAUGAAUGUGGAUACAGAAUCUAGAGCCAUGCAAAUUUACAGAUAUCCUCUUUGUAUCCAUAGGUAUUUGCAGUCAUGAAUGUCAGUGCAGAUAUCUGCAGCUCAUUUUUGCAGAUACAGAUGUGAAUGUGGAUACAAAUGUUGUGUCCAUGCAGGGCUCUAUCUAUCUGUAAGAUGUACUUCCUCUACUUAUUCCUACUUUCUUUCCUUUUCUCAUUUCUCUUGUGUCAGUUUCCCUUUGUCCCAGAGUAAAUUAUUGUCAUUGUGCAAAUGGUUUAUAUAGAGCAGGACUGGCUCCAAUUAAUUUGUGAAAUUGUCAUAUAAUUGGGUUUUCAAUUUCUUCCCAUCCUUAAUAAAGACCUCAAGGUUCUGACAGCAAAUCAAGCCAUGAAUAGCACAAACAAAAAUGCUAUGUGUGAGAUUUUCACAAGAGUUUACCAUCCGCAAAUACAGCUGGAUUUUCAAAGCUCAGCUCCUACUUACAUGGCAAACUAAGUGGCUUGAUUUUUUUUUAAGGUUCAGUAUGUGAUUUUGCAAAUCUGACCUUAAAUGUCAAAAUGGGAGUGAGUAGCUACUGAGCACUUGAAAAUCUGACCCUGAGCUGUUUGGAAACUUGGCAUUAUGGUAUACACACUUGCUAUUUUGUUUAAAUAUGGCCUAUCAUCAUAACAGUGGGUAUCUGGGAUUCCUCACCACAAGUUAAGACAACAAGGAGUUCUGCAGCACUUUAGGGACCAUGUGCUGUCAAUCUCAAUGUUUUUCUUGAUCUGGUAUGGCUCUGCACACUUGCAUAAAUUAAUCACUAUGGAAGUUGGUGUCAAUGAACAGGGAAAUUAUUUUGAUUAGAAAAUAUAUGUCAGCCAAGAAAUGAAGGCUCUUUAUAUAAUGUGAUGCUGUUGUGGACCAACAGAUAAAUUCGUGUACAAGAGGUAGAAAGGUAUCUUAUAUGAAUAAUACAUAUGCCAUUUCUCAUGCUGACAGUGAUAGCCACUUUAUUAAUAAUUUAUUUAUUGGUUCUGUAACAGAUUCUUGGCCGUGCACAUUUAAAAAAAAGAUGCAACCAUGUGCUGUGAGAAUCACAAAGUGAAAAAUUAUCCAACUCUGGCAUAUACUGUUUCCAAAGCCUCCUGGAUUCCACAGCGAUCUGUUGUGUUGACAUUUAAGCCAGUGACGUGAAACAUUUUAUCUUACUAACCUUAACACUCAACCAGUUUGUCAGCUUAAUGCUAAUCAUUUAACAUUCUCACAAUUAUUUCAGGCCAAGUGCAAUGUACCUUUUCAAACACUUUUUUUUUCGUAAAUAGAUAAAAAGCUCCAACACUGCACAACAUAUUGUCCCUGGUCCUGCUUGAUUUAAACCAGUGGGAACUUUGCCACAGAUUUCAGUGAGCAAAGAAUCAAGACCAUUGUGAUUAAUAAAAGCUCACUGCUUUGAAAUUAGAUUUCUCUUCUCUUUCUGCACCAAAUCUGAGUAAUGAGUCAGGUCCUCUGUCAGCUUUGUACAACAAAACUUGUAACUGCAGGAAAAGGUACAUUGUAUGCAGGGGAAAAAAAGAGCUGAGUUGAUUUUUUUUUUUACCCUCUAGCAAAUAUAAUAACAUUCAAUGGGGAUCGCUACUAAAAUAUAGUAGUAUUUGCACGUAUGCAAAACCAUACAACCAAGCCCAGCAUAUUGGUAGCUAUAUAUAUAUAUAAAGGCCCAGGCACUGCCACUUAUGGGGAAGCCCUGCAUUAACUUUAACAGAAGUUCAGGGCAUAUAGAUGAAAGGCAGCAUGGACCUAAAGGCUUGAGUCUAGUCUCAGAUGCUGUUAGAAAUAAUGUCGUAUGCUUAGAGCCAGCAGCAGUCUCUAGCACUGUUGUAUGCUGUACUGUAGCCAGGUAUAUCUGUAAUGUUGCACUGAAUGAAGCAGAAGCCAUUAGCAUCUAUUCAACUGUAGUUUCUUGUGCAUUUUAGUCUAAAUAAAGAAAAUACCCAAGAGAUGUUGUACAGAGGCUUGUGUGGCAAAGCAGUAGCUAUGGAAAGAUCGAGAGUAAUGGCCCUCAGUUUAUCUGGGUUUGGAAUUAAGAUUCCAAAAUAUUAUUUAGGACUUUAUUCAAUGAUAUGAUUUCUCAUUUCUGAUCAUGCAGUUCAGCUGUGGGGAACGUCUUAGUCUGAAGCAGUUGAUGUUUUCGGUUGAUAUAUGAAAUGCCCUUUGAUGUCAGUAGGAAUUAAGCAUAUGGAUCAAUGGCAGCCUAGAAUCCUAAACUGACUACAAGCUGCUAUUGAAAACCAUUGUAAACAAUAUGCUCUGUGGUCCCCUCCAAUCUGUGCAAGGGACAAAGGAGCAGAAAUUCUGGACAAAUACUUCACUGAUUCAUGCAAGUAGCAGCGUGCUCCCCUCCCUGACUCUGUCUGAGUCCAUAGAAACUCUCUGGUGCAAAUAAACACCAUGUGUUUGAACUCCCCUGGUGUUUGAGAGGUAGAAAUCCAAGGAGCAGCUGCUCCACAGAGCAUAUUCCCCAGGAGGAAAUGGUUUUACAGGAAAAUAACACACACAAACCACAGGAGUUAAUGUUAGUGCAGGCAGAAUUAACUUUCAUUCUUCACCUUUGUACCUCUGUCAGAAAUGAGAAUAAGCAAAUAGAGCAGUAUGUUGGAGUGGCAGCUGGGCUGCUAAACAAGUCCUUCUAGCUACAGAGUGGGAGGAACUGAAUAUUACAUUGAGAGGUUAAUUAUCCAGAUGGUAGCCCCAAGAUUCACAGGUUUGGUGUCAGAAUUCUCUCACUGAUCCUUGGUUCUUAACUGACUGAUUUGCCAUAGACACUAAUUCCUCAAAAAUAUAAAAACUUUCACUUAGUUUUCCCUCUUUAUUACUUCGGUUUGGAUGGGGAAGUGUGGUAUGUGGGGGGCCGGAGGAGAUACUAGAGAGAGAAACAUUUUUGUCCUGAUAUAAUCAAAAAUUCUUUUUUAAUUCACAGUAAUCUGAUAAAGCUGCAAUUAAUAUAUACAUUAUAAAAAUACUCUUAAUUCAAUAUACCCAAUUGUAUUAGAACUUAAUUAACUAAACAUAUUCUCGAAUGCAAACUAGGAAUCAGACUCCGGUCUUUUUGUACAGAGCAACUAGUAGAAAUUCACCUGCAUAUGGAAAUUCUUAACUGGUGUGAACUCAUUGUAGUGGUUCCUAUUCUUGUAUCCAGCUCAGGAGGAGAGGCUAGGAGAAAAAGGAUUUCCUAGAAGUCUGUGGUUGAUGCAAAGGCCCCGGUGGCUGAUAGCAGACCUUAGAGAGGUCACCAAGAUAUACCUGAACACAGAGGGGGCAGUGUUACAGCAUAGGGAGAUCCAUUAUCAUUGGCCUUUUGAGAUGAGGAUGUAGGUUUGUCAGGGGACAGUGUGGACAUAUGAUUCCAGAAUAUGAGGGAAUGGAUUGGACAGGAAGUAUGCUACCAGACAGUGUGGUAGGCUGGGAGUGGGUGUUGACCAAGCUAGUCACUGAGGUGUACCUACCCUGCUUUAUAGGUUAUAAGAAAAGGAGCUUUGUAACACUUGUGCCAGUGACAGGUUUCAUGGUAAGGAGCCCUGUAAGCCCCACACUGGAAGGAAACCAAUUAAAUGCCUGGUAUAGGUGAGUACCGGGAUAAGUUGAUAUUACUCCCCCUUGUGUUAAAAAAUUAAUAAAAGCUUCAGCCUGCCACUUGAGUUCAUGAUUGGGUCUAGCCUCAUUUUGUACCUGUGUCCACUUCAGUUCAUGUGGUAACUGAAAAACAAUUCUAUAUCAGUACAGGGUCCAGAGCCACAAAAGCAUAUAAGCAACCUGAUGUUAAGCAUUGCAGCUCCUAACUUUUAGGUGCCUAAAAAAUUACAAAAAGAGCACGGCCAUCCACAAAGCCUGAAUUAGGCACCUAGACUCCUAUACAGUGAGGCUACGUCUACACUGGCAUGAAUUUCCGAAAAUGCUUUUAACGGAAAACUUUUCCAUUAAA